AUGCCCUUCCCGUUCAAACAUAGCAAUCGUUCAAAGCAGGCAUUGAACGAACCUGCUAUAGAAAGAGCGGUGGUCACUCCUUCAGCCUCGCACUCGCAACAAUCCUUCUCAUCUGGUUCUGGCGAAGGUAGGUCCACAACAACUCAACAACAAUCCUCCUCCUCCACCACCACUACAGUUACCACCACACCACCUCAAACCUUUGACCAGCCCUACGAACCUCGCAAUCCCGAAGCUGUAUCUCGUGCAUCUGCAUAUCAUAAUAAUUCUGGAGCGUCACCUUCCCGGUCUGUCUCAAAUCAAUAUCAACAACAGCAGAUCUAUCCACAAGAGCUCGAAGCUUCCCCAUCUCCACCUGUCUCAUCCGUCGAUGAUUUAGUACUUGAUACUCAAAGGUUACAAAACCAGGGUCGCAGACAUACAGCACAUAUACAAUCGCCCGUGGUGGAACCUAAGAAACGUAGUAUUUUUGAUCGUAUGCGAGGCACAAAUUCAAGCCGCUCCUCUGAACAAAAGUACCCCCCAAUUGCUACCCAGGUUCCUUACAGUAACAACGCUGGCGGACUCGCGCGCAGGUUGUCUCGCAGACACGAGGGCCCUCCUGUAAUACGAACUAGUCAACAAAGGAAUUCAGUAGAUCAACAUCAAAGAGCAGAUUGGCAACCUGCAGCUCAGGCUUCGAGAUCCCAUCUGCCAUCACCUCAAGAAACUCCCGAAGACGACGGGUUGGAUCCUUAUCUCAUCACGAGUCCUGAAGGAAACACACCACAGAGCGCUCAGAGUUCUUUGAACGUGCAUGGGCAACGACAACCUCUGAACACAAUCCGAGCUGUACAAAGCGAUUCUGAUUCACCCCUCUAUUCGGCAGAGUCGCAGAACGAUUUCCCUGAUCAACAAUUUCAGCAAUCACCUACUCCAGUUUAUUACCAGCAAUCUCCUUCAGCUGCUAGUCAAUACGAGUCACCCGAGAGUGUUCAGCAAUAUCAUUACGAAUUACCCAGUCAAAUUCAUUCGCAGCAACAAUUGAAUAAUUUCCCAAGUUCCCCGAACAGCCAAUACCCACCGCAGGACUUCACUCCAGACAGCACCUCUACACAACAACUCGAUUCAUCUUUGAUAUAUAGGGAAGAUCAACGUCCCGGUUCGGUACAAUCUAACAAUCAAUCUCCGACAAGUAUUCAUCAACCCAACAGGGCAGAUUAUCCAGAGCGAACAACUUCAAUACAAGGGCCGAUUCCAGGCUUAUCUCCAAAUCGUCCUUUGUCGCAACACCUUUCCAUGGCACCGCAGUCCACCACAACACAACAAAAUCGACGAUCUGCAGACUCGAAACAAACACUACAAACUCAAAUGGCACAAUCAGAUGGGAGGGAUCCCCCGGCAUACCGCCAACAACAGUCAGGCCCUAGUAAUAACAAUAACCAACCACCAGCAACAAGUCCACUCCCUCCUCAAAAUCAAGGUCCAAAUUACAGAGGGGGUCCUCUACAGCGAGAACAGUACAAUCCUUCUGGUGGUGGGGACCAAGGACGAAGCACACCACCACCGGCACCUGGAGAUAGAGAUGUAAAUGAGGCAUACAAAGAGCUACUGCAGAAAUAUAAAAAGGUCAAGGGGCUGUAUUUUGACAAGACAGCAUCAGUGGAGCAAUUGCAAGGACAGGUCGAACAAUUACAAAAUACUUUGGCAAAUCAACGUCUAUCCCAAUCUCGCACAUCUCUUGAUGAUGGUGAGUACCAGUCACGCUUCGCACGGUUAGAUGGUGCUAUUACCAAUCUUGCUUUCAACAUUCGCAAGGAUUGGAGAACGGUACCUGCAUGGCUUGCACAAUCUGUCAAUCGUGAUGCGAUGUCAAUAGGAAAACAAGAAAUGACGGCUGUCGGUAGAGCUUGUAUCACAAGAUUUCUUGUUGAUGAAAUUUUCAACCGCAGCUUUCAUCCAGGCUUGGAGAGUGAACUCAGCUUGAGUUUGAAAAACAUCGAACAAAAUAUUCGUCUGUUUUCUCCUGCGAUCAAUAACCAAGAAGAAUCCGAUGCCCUGACGGCAAAGAUCGUUCAGUGGAGAUUGGCAACUUUAGAGGGGUUGAAGGACCUGCUGAAUUCACCGGAAAGCGAAGAGUACAAGAAACAAUUCUCGAAAAUGGUCACCAGCAACCUGACGGCCAACUUGAUUAAUUAUCUUCAGGAGCCAGUACCGGGUGGUAUUGAAGAAGCCGCGACAACUAUCGUGGAGCAAGCAGUGAGCAUUGCAGCGAACAUUCCCUUGGAAAGCAGAGAUGUCGUAAUCAUGUAUCCGAUGCCAAACGAUUUGGUCAACCGCCAGUACAUGAAAAUUGAAGCUGGUAUUCCUGCAUUGGAACAUCCAGGCGCAGAAACUAAUAGUUUUGAUUCAAGUAGUGUGGGAAGUCAUGAUAAGGAUGAGAACUCAAAAGAGGAGCAAAAGGGACAUGGAAAGCUGAUGAAGGAGAAGAGUGGGAAGGGCCAGGGCAUGUUGUCAGCUAUGAUGGGAAGUGGUGGUAGCGGCGGAGCGGCGGGAAAGAAAAUGAGCAUUAGUAGCCAAGGUGGACAAGAAUCGAGUGAGAAAAUCAAGAGUGAAGACGGAGUUCACAAAGUACGCUUUGCUGGAUUCAUGGGCAUCGAUAUUAGGGGGAGGCAAGUGCUGUGUCAGGCUCCGGUUUGGACGAUGGGAUAG